AGGUGACUGAGCGCACAGCUGCGGAUUCUCCGGUUUUCUGAAUUUCUCUGUUUUUCCCCCCGCUUUCCACGGUGAGAGGAGACCGACACGGCCACCGGAGCUCCCCGCGCCUGCUUCACCCUGCUUCAGUCCGGCAGGCGUCAGGUGCAGCAGGCAGGAAGAGGGACGGAGGAAGAGCCGCUGCUUGAUUAACUAUCUGACAAAACGUCUCUGCGCAGAGCAACGCGACGCUGUUCCCGAGUGACCGCAGACAGGCAGAGACGCACAGGAGAGGACACUAUGUCAAAGGAGACCAGGGGAAAAGGAUCACGAAAGCACAGCGCCACCCAUUGGUGUCUGCAGAAUAUCGCACAAGAAUCGGUUGACAGCUCUGAUGAGGAGUUCUUUGAUGCCAGAGAUGUUAUGGAGGGAAAGAGCGCCAUUCUGCUGGGCAUGAGUCAGUGGAACUCAAAUGACCUGGUGGAGCAGAUUGAAACUCUCGGACACAUGGAGGACCAGUCACAUGACGGCCUCUACCAGCUGGGUGGUCCACGCUGUGCCCCUCAGAGCAGCAUUGAAGGACUGGAGGACAUAGAGAGGAAAUGUAAGACGCACGUGCUGCUGCUGGUGGUGCACGGCGGAAACAUCUUGGACACAGCAGGCGGAGACCCCAGCACAAAGGCCGGCGAUGUGGCCACCCUGGCCUCAGUGCUGGAGAAGGUGACGCGGGUGCAUUUUCAGGCCGCCAGCGAACACGUGAUGAUCAAGCUGGUGCCAUGUCCGGCCGUGUGCGCUGAAGCCUUCUCCCUGGUGUCCAACCUGAACCCGUACAGCUACGACGAGAGCUGCGUGUCCAGCAGCGUGGACCACCUGCCCCUGGCCGCUCUCCCCCUCCUCGCCAUCGUCUCGCCUCGCUACCAGGACGCUGUGGCGACCGUGAUCGCCCGAGCCAACCAGGUCUACCACAGCUUCCUGCAGUCAGAGGACGGGCAGGGAUUCACGGGUCAGGUAUGCCUGAUGGGCGACUGUGUGGGAGGUGUGCUGUGCUUCGACGCUUUGUGCUUCAGCAACCACCAGAGGCCUGGCAGCCCCAACAACAGCAGCAGGAACAACAGCACUGAGAGCCUGAAGGAUAACUCGGGCUUGCUCGGGGAGUCCGCCCUGGGUCUGAGUUCUAGCAAGAGGCUGAGUAAGAGCAACAUCGAUAUCUCCGCCCCAAACGGAGGGGACGGCCAGGGCGAGCCGCCGCUCAGCCGCAAGCAGAGCGACUCGUAUGAUGGAGACACCUCGUCCACAGGCCAGCACAGCUUCUUCUCCAGUUUGAUGAAGGAGAGUGUGGAGGUGCGUGGCGGCAGUAGCACCAGCCUGGUGUUGAACCCAGGCCGUUUCGACUUUGAAGUGUCAGACUGCUUCCUGCUGGGCUGUCCGCUUGGCCUCGUGCUGGCCAUGAGACGCACUGUGCUGCCUGCCGUCCAGGUGAGCCAGCUCCAUCCAGCCUGCUCUCAGAUUUUCAACCUGUUCUACCCGUCGGACCCUUCAGCCUCCAGACUGGAGCCGCUGCUGCAGCCUCUCUUCCACAAGUUGCCACCAUUUGCUGUGCCACGCUACCAGCGCUACCCUUUAGGAGACGGUCGCUCAAUGCUCAUCGCGGAGAGUAUCCAAGGCCAUACGAAUGUGUUUUUGGAAGGUGAUCAAACUCCUGGAGGUCCACCUUCACAGCUGUCCUCUGAGACAAAGACUGAGGGAGGAGGAGAAGAAGGAGGUCGUAGAACCAGCGUGACCAGCGUGGAAAGUGAAAUGUCGAUUUGCUCCAUGGGCCAGCUGGGAAACACCAUUGCUAACAUUUCCAGUAGCUGGUGGGGCGCCAAGAGGCUGGAUUAUGCGUUGUACUGCCCUGAUGUGCUGACCGCCUUCCCAACAGUGGCUCUGCCUCACCUUUUCCAUGCCUCCUACUGGGAGUCCACUGACGUAGCAGCUUUUGUUCUCCGGCAGCUCAUGCGAUGUGACUGCGUGAAGACACAGGAAGCGGACAAUCUGGACUCGGCUCCUUUCUCUCCCUCCAGCCCACGAGAAAAAUGGCUCCGAAGGAGGACACAUGUCAAACUAAGGAACGUCACCGCCAACCACAGGGUGAAUGAUGUCAUUGCCACCGAGGACGGACCUCAGACUCUGGUUGGCCGCUUCAUGUAUGGACCCCUGGACAUGGUCACUCUGACUGGAGAAAAGGUGGACGUCCUGCUAAUGACACAACCUCAGUCUGGCCGCUGGGUGCACUUUGACACAGAGGUGACCAACAGCAGCGGCAGGGUCACAUACACCAUACCCAAGAGCAAGAAGCUCGGCCUGGGAGUCUAUCCAAUUAAAAUGGUGGUCAAGGGGGAUCAAACAAGUGCCGAGGCCUACCUGACUGUGUUGCCACGGGGAAUGGAGUGCGUGGUCUUCAGCAUCGAUGGCUCUUUUGCUGCCAGUGUGUCAAUCAUGGGCAGUGACCCCAAGGUGCGCCCUGGAGCUGUUGAUGUCGUCAGGCACUGGCAGGACCUGGGCUAUCUGAUUAUCUACAUCACAGGCCGCCCUGACAUGCAGAAGCAGCGUGUGGUAUCGUGGCUGUCGCAGCACAAUUUUCCCCACGGGAUGAUCUUCUUUUCUGAAGGCCUGGUUCAUGAUCCCCUGCGACAGAAGACCAUCUUCCUCAGGAACCUCAUUCAGGAGUGUCACAUUAAGAUCAACUCUGCUUACGGCUCCAUGAAGGAUAUCUCUGUUUACAACAUGCUCGGCCUCAGCCCCUCACAGGUUUAUAUCGUUGGCAGACCUUCGAAGAAGUACCAGAAUCAGUGCCAGUUCCUGAGCGAUGGCUAUGCAGCGCACCUCUCCACCCUUCAGUUUGGGCACAGAGCCAGACCCAAGAAAUCCCCCUCGGUUCGUAUGGUCCUGAGGAAAGGCUCAUUUGGUCUCUCAGCGAAGCCUGACUUCCUGUGUAAGCGCACCCACCUGCGCAGGACCAUGUCAGUGCAACAGCCCGACCCGCCAUGCACGCCCAACCCCAAGCCUGAGCGAGCCCAGAGCCAGCCGGAGUCAGAUAAGGACCACGGGGGAGGAGGAGGCGGAGGAGGCGGAGGAGGCAGUGGACAAGUUGCAUGGGGACGGGCCGCCAUGCAUCGUGGAGACACCACUCCAUGACGUAUAAAAAGAGAUGGAAGGAUUGCAGGAGGAUAGAAUUGGAAAACAAAGGGGUCUUAGUGUCCAGGGCCAAGCAUCACCUCUACUCACUGUACAUAUACAAUGGAUCCCCUGCUGGCGUCCCUCACAGCUCAGCUUUACCUCCUGCUUGGCCCUCUACACUUUGCCUCCCGUUCAGCCAUUUUUUUGUGACCUGCUCGAUGGAUAAUGUCACCUAGUCUUUGUGCCUGAAAUUUGAAGUCAUCGUCCGGGAUGGCAAUGAUUUUUGCGAAAGUCUGUGUCAAGCUCAAAUUGUGUAAUUGUAAAAUCAAAAGAAUGUACUUCAGAUAGUCAGUGUACACACAUACUCAUGCCCAAACAGACGCUUCAGAGGAUGGAAGAUGUGACGACGGUGGUGACUUUGAACCUAUUGAGACUGUAUCACAAUCUGGCCCCAUUCAGACUGCUGUGCCGACAGGUGGUCAUGAUGACGGACUCCUGCGCUCACCCCCCGCCCAUGUAAAUAGUCAACACACAUCAUCCCCAUGUGGGCCCCUGGACACAGACGCACGGCGACAUUUAGGUUCAGUCUGUGCACGAGCUCUGCGAUCCGGAGCCCCAGUCAGCCGACCCAUUUCACUCCCACUGUUAGAUGUCUCCCUCGCAUUGUGGCUGACUUACUACUUCCGCCCCUCCCUCAACAGUUCAGGCAGAACAUGCCUUUUGACAGCCGCCUCAGACUGGGGUCGACAGCCCCCGGGGUUGCAUUUGCACUAUUGAAGUACACCACAGCGGUUCGUAAUUUAGCUGCGGUACUUGCUUCAGAGACACAGAGUUGUAUUUGUAUUUUAUCGUAUUUGUAGUUUUUGUUUUUCCUGCAGAUUGUGCACUGUCACUGUCUGUUGGUUACUGUAACUAGUGGAGGAUUAAACAGAAUAUGUAGGAAAACGCUGGUUUGACCAAAAAAUGUUUACAGAAUGACAGACACAGCUGUAAAAAGUGAUGAGAACUAAAUUAUCUGCAUAAUUAAAAUGACAGUGUGUUAUCGGCCACAUUAGUUUAGCUGCUUGGUAGUUGCAGUGGCUUGCAGGAUAUUGUACAAUAGACCCCACGCCAGUUGAAUUUCCACCAGGAUGCCCUUGCAUCCAUUUCCUACAGCUGCACUGGAACCAAUAGAUUUGUGAUGAAAUCUGAUGCUGUCUUGUGCACACGAAGUUGAAUUGAGUCUUAUUGUGGCCAUGUUUAAAACUCUGUGCAAGUCAAACAUAUUUUUCUAUGAGGAAAUAUUGUAAAAAGAAAUAUUUUCAAUGUAUGUUUUUGAAAGUUUUGUUGUUUGAUUGUUGAACGGUUCAUUUCUGCCUUAAAUUGUUUUGAUGUUGUGUAGAAAUACUUAUAAUUAGGUUUGUUUGACCAAAGUCUUGAGUUUCGCUGUUACUUCAUGACAAAGUGCAUUUUAUCUAGUUGAUAUUUUGCUUUGACACGUUUUUAGAUGCUGUGUACGUGUGUGCAUGUGUGAGUGAGUGUCUACAGUAGGUAUUUGUUGUAGUUGUAUUUACAGCGACCAUGAAGACAGCUAUGACAAGUAAAUCAAGGAAUCGGAGGACGCAGGGAGGCCAGUGUUAACAUACCUGCAUGUUCUCACUGCAGCUCACUACCGCCGGCUUUUCAGAACAGCGCGUGUGUUCAUGGGUUUGGAUUGAAGCGGUGUGUCAGAGGAUUACUUAGCCGAGGCUUUUAUACCUGCUACGAAAGAAAAAGGGCUUUUGAGAUUUUAGGGUGUAACUGAAAACCUGCAUGGCGGAGUGGAACGUGCAAUCCAGAGGAGAGCUGUCUUUGACUCCUUUCUUUCACUGCCUAGGUGGUCCGGUAAUUAGCUAUUUGAUUACUACUAAGUAUGUAUGACUCCCUGUGGUGCCGCCCCUGUAAUUGCAGUGCACCAAUUAGCAUUACUUGGUAAUUGUAUAAUGUUGUAGAAACAAUACUGAAAUACUUAACUCGAAUUUGUUUUGCAUUUAGAUUGUUGAUACUGAAACAUUGUUAUCCAAGCAAGAAAAUGAUCAUUCCCAUCCAUGUAUACACAGUGAUACAAGUAUUUCCAUAAGUCUGUAUAACACAUAGUGCUAUUUUUCUGCAGUGAUGACACACUGAAGGAGUGAAAUAUUCAUGCUGGACAGCAACAAUGUUAGUAAAUGGCAAAUAAUGAUCUAAUGGUUAAAUGGUGAUUGCUCUGUGCAUGUUAAUUAUUUGAUAUUGUUAAGUAACUUCUAUCAAUUGUCAUGUUUGUGGUCCUCUGAACUAACGAUAGAGUAGCUAUUUGUAAAUACGUGGUGAAUAAUAAUUCAUGGAUGUAAGCUCCACCGCCAGAUGAGUACACUCAAACGCAAUACUUAAAUUUAGGAUAAGCAACGGUAAUAACCGUAAAUGCAUUGUCGAUUAAGAUCGUGAAGUUACCUCUUCCUUUUACUUCAGACUUUCACUCAUUUAAUGGGAUUCAUGGAAACUGGAAGUCAUAUAAAUUCAUUUUAUUCCUCAAUACUAAAGGCUACUAAUACAGAAAUCACCAAGAAAAGAACAACAGGUUAUAUUACACAAUGUAAAAGUUUUGUAUUUAGCGCGAGAUUUAAGUGUUACGCAGUUAUUGUCUUCAUAUAAAUAUGAAUAACCUCUCACUAAGUGCUAAUUAAUGUUGUCAAAUGAUUAGUAUUCACCAAAUCAUGACUUAACUAUUGGGUAUUGACCUGAUUUGCCAUUUAUUAACAGUUCUUACGACGUAUAGAGUAAGAUUUAGUAAAUUAACCACGAUGGCGUGGCAGCUUCUUUUGAAAAUCCUUGAUUUUAUUUAUUUUUGUGGUCUUACUUUUGGUCUUAU